AUGGUUCGAACACAGCGAGGCAUGCGAUCAGGUCUUGAUCUGUUCACUCUACGUUUCGAUCUCUUACAACCAAGACACAUGCGUAAAUACUACGCUAUACUGUUGGCGGUGGUCAUCCUCUUCGCCGCUGGUAUCGAAGCUGUUUCGACCUCUAAGACUAAGACCACCCUUCUCGUAGCACCACAAUGGGAUCGUUCGCUCACCGCUACCACGAAGGACGCUCCUGUGAAUCAUUUUCUGAGAGAGACAAGCACAUCUGAUGAAGAUAACGAGGAGAGAGCAUUUUCGAUUCCGGCUUUGGCUAAGAAGUUGGGCAACAAGAUAAAGAGACUGGCAAAAUACAACUGGUGGAUUUUUACAGGCAAAAAACCCCAAGACAUCAAAGAUCCUCGCUACCAGGGCUACUGGGAUUUCUACCAUAACAGAAUGACACCGGGAGGCAAAUAUAGUUAA